GAAAGUGGUUUCCCGAGCCCUCGCCCUCGUAAAGAAGUGCCUCUCGACUGGGGCCGCUGCUGUGCUCGAGCUGCCUUUUGCUUCGCCGGCCUGGGGUGCUGCCGAACUGGUUGCCUUGUGUGAAAAGCCGGGGGUGGGGCUGCACACCACAGCCUCCUGCAGCCAUGGGUCCUCUUUUCUGAAGCGUCACCGUUUCCUGUCGGCACGCUGUUGUCUUACCGCAGCCUGCAAGCCCUGCACUUGUGUGGGAAAACACCGGCCCGUCCGGGGAAAGUCUGCCCGACCAAACCGGAGCCACGUGCCGGGCUUGGCCUUUGCCCUGGCAGACUGCUUCGAGACUGAGCUUAGGGGCAGAGCUGCUCUGCUGAGGGAGCAGGACCUUGACGUCGCGGGCCUUGAGCGUAUUGCUCUGUCUGACCUGGCCCUCUCUUUGGAUUGGACCGAGGAAGAGGUGUGGGCUUGGAAAGGACAGGUCCACAUUAACAUCCUCGAGGCUUCGGCCCUAGGCCGGCUUUUCAAAAGGGUUGCCCUCGAGUCGGCGCCCCUGCGUUUCUGUGCCCUUUGUGACAGCCAAGUUGCCCGCUGCGCCGUGAUCAAGGGCCGUUCGCCCUCCCCGGGACUGAGACAUGCCACUCGCCGCACCUCUGCCCUUUGCCUGGCAGCUGGACUUUAUCCCGCGGGUUUGUUUUGCCCGACCCGUUGGAUCCCUGCAGAUGGGCCGACUCGCGACAGGCCCAUAGACCCUCCUGUGUCCACGCUCGGCCCUGGUUUUUGGGACAGAGAGAAACUAUACCGAGACGGCACCCGGGCGCGGCUUAAACGGUGGGCUGCUAACUGGGUUCGGUUGGCCUUCGCCGUUCGCCCCGCUCUAGCCAGCCUGCCUCUGGCUCCCUCUGAGUCGCGCUAUGCUGGGCUCCCCUUCCGUGCUUUCCUUGGCCUGGAUUUUGACUCGACUCUUGGCUAUCCGGGGGAGGGCCCCCCCUACGCGGUUGGAUUUACCCUCGGUCUCUCCUUCCUCUUAGGCUCCAGCCCUCUCCUGACCGUUGGUUGCCGAGGCAGGUUCCAGGUCUUCGGGGUUUUCUACGCUAGCUUCCAGGUAGCCUUCGCCAUGGAAGACCUUUUCGCUUCCUGGCUACUUCGGCGUGGCCGAAUCUGGGAAGGUUUGUUGGACCUUGGCCGCAGAGAACCUGAGCAAGUGAAUGAGGUUUUUAUCUGGUAUGGUCAAUGGCUCUACGAAGAGGGCCUUCCGUACUACCACUACGCUGAGACCCUGAACGCCUUCACCACCGAGAGCCCGAACAUGCGAAGACAACUGCAGGCGGCCUGGGACCUGGCUUUUGCUUGGCAGCGGCAGGAGCCGCCGACCCACCAUACUGCUUUGCCGUGGCAAGUGCUGCUAGCUCUUUUGAGCAUCGCGCUCCUCUGGGGUUGGGAUGAUGUGGCAGGCAUCCUAGCUCUUUGCUGGGGCGGUCUCGCACGGGUCGGCGAGGCCAUGGCAGCGAGACGCUGCGACCUAGUGCUCCCGGAGGACGUGGGAAAAGAGUGCGGCUGGGGCUCCUACCAAGUCUUCAUGUCCAUCCUCGAGCCGAAGACUAGGUUUAAAUCGGCCAAGCAUCAGUGCUUGAAGGUCGAUCAGCCCGACUUGGUCGCCAUCGUCAUCUUCGCUUUCGAGAAGCUGAGCCCUGGUGAAAGGCUUUGGUCUCGCUCCGGCUCCACCCUGCGGAACCGCUUCAGGAAGCUGCUUCUGGCUGCAGGCUUACAGGAACGAGCGGUGCCAGAGCUUAAGGACUUUGACCUGGCCAGCUUGAGGGCUGGAGGAGCCACCUGGCUGAUGCUGACGACCGAGUCGCCGGACUACGUGAGGAGGCGUGGCCGGUGGAUCACCACGAAGGUGAUGGAGAUCUACAUCCAGGAGGUCUCAUCUCUGAUGUACCUCCCGAGACUCCCCGCUGAAACCCGAGCGGGCCUUUUUGCUUGGGCAAACGGCUUCCACGAAGCUUUUGCGUUUGCCCUUUGGUGCCGAAAGCUGUCUAUCCAGCCGCACCUCCGUUUAUCGUUGCUGAAGCAAGGCUUGUACAAUGCUUGA